CACAACAACAACAACAACCUCACAGUAACAAAACAAACAACAACCAACAGCCAUCAUCAUCAUCCAAAAUGUCCUCCGACACCAAAGACACCACCAUGUCCUCCGACUCCAAAGACACCACCUUAGAAAACACCUUCCUCACCAUCGAAGAGAUGAACACCCCCAUCCACCGCGUCAUCCUCGAACCCGCCUCCCUCAAAGCCGGCUUCACCUCCUACGAAGCCUUCACCCGCUGGCUCCUCUCGCCCGCCAUCCUCCCCUUCUGGACCGAAUUCGAGCGUGAUUUCCUCCAACCCCUAAUCGCCUCCAAGAAGUCCAACCCCAACCCCAACCCCAACCCAAAAGACACCUCCUCCACUCCCAUUCCAGGAGGAGCUUCCGAACUAGCUUCCGAAAUCCCCUACCCCACCUACCAACUCCUCCCCCUACUGGAGGCCUUCUUCGGGACCAGACACAACCUGAUCAAAAACCCGACCAAGGAGACGUGGAAGCCGAACCACCACAUCGCCUGGUUUUUCCUUAAGGUGUGGGACCGGAAUCAUGAUGAGAUGCCGGGGCAGAGCAGUCCCUGGCAAGGGUGUUAUGCGGAUAAACCCAAGACGUGGAUGAUGCAGCUUUGUUGGGUGUUGGAUGGGAUGACGAGGUUCUGGGACUGGGGGUUUCUGUACUGGUGCUUUUGAACCUGUUUUUUUUUGUUCUUAAGGAGGCACGAAUUGGAUCUGAUGCCAUGUAACAAACAUCAGGGUAUGGACGAC